GAUAAUAAAUAUGUAUUCGAUCACGAUCCAACACCUUUGAAAUAUUGGAUGAGUACAGUAACAGCAGAAAUUAUUAACUGCGUUCUUGAAAAAGUGCAACUUUAUCAACAAAGUGAAGACACUAAUUUCCAGACACCUAUUGGCACAGCUUUCGCGACGGCAGGUAACUUGUCACAUAAUCAUUUAACAUUGGUAUGGGACACCACCUACACGCAUCACACAGCACCAAUCAAUCGACUUGUUGAAUCUGGUGUCGGUACACUAACAAGACAGUUGGAAGACCGUACAUCAGCUUACGAUGUCGUUGGUCAACCAAAAUUAUACAUUUUGACAGGAGAGAUAAAGGAAAAUUCUUCUUCAGCAUCAACAACGACACCACCGCCACCUAACGCUGAAAUUUUCCACAUACCAGCUAAUAUACAGUAUAUUCGCGAUAAACUCACCGAUCACGAAAAUGAAUUAGCAAGACUAAUUCAAAUAUUACAAUGUGAUUCCCGAAAGGCGAAACACGAACGAGCUAUCGCAUCUGCUAAAUAUAAUGGAUGGUUAGCGGCUUCCCAAUUAAAUUUACCACAAUGCACGAAACUCCAAGCUUUGGGAAGAACGGCAGUUGUCAUACAAUGCAAAGAAUUAAAUUUCACAUUUGACACCGUAGUGACCUCUUGCGGUCCGCAACCAAAAUUCCAAAAUUUUACGAUAAACCUUGAUGGAUGGGAACUUGUAAAAUUUUCACCCUGUUAUUGGACCAAUGGAUUUGUCAACUUUAAUGGCAAGCCGUACGCAUUCAUUAAUAACACCUGGAACCCGAUCAAGGCAAAUAUAAUUUUACCAGAGCAGUCACUAGCCCACUCCUAUCGUUACGAAGAUGUCAAAUUUUCUGAUUACGAACAUCGAAGCAACCCAGUAUACAGUGAUACCAUGCUUAACCACAUGAAUAUCAUGGCCGAUAUUGCGGCAGCAAUGAACGAACACUCACAAGAUAUAUCUUCGGUACACGAAACAUUGAGUACCACCAAUGUUUUGAUAACAGCAUCCAAUGUCGGGACCGGCACCAGCUGGUGGGUAAAAAUCAAGGAUUAUUUUUACAUCGGUAUACUCUGUGUUUCCGGUUUGGUCCUCUUGCGUUUUUGCUAUUGCUUGGGAUUUUUUGAAAUGAUUCGGAGUUUAUGCUGUACCAAAUUGAAAACUCCGACCAGAACAACUUCCGGAUCAAUUGAAAUGAAUAACAUGUGA